CUGAGAUUUUCAGCGCAUUUUGGCCACCUCAUCACACUCCUUAAUUUGUCUAGCUUGCUUCAAUAGGUUGCAUUUAGACAACUUGAAAUAAACUGAGUGUGACCGACGUGUUUGUUAUAUAGCCGUGAGGCCUCUAUUUUCAAUCCUCAAUAACCGACCAUGCAAAUCCUAAGCGGAUUCCCAUUCAUUACCCUAUUGGUGUUCUUUCCUUUUAUCAUCCAUGCCCGACCCAAAAUUGCGCUUCCCAACGAUUAUAUAAUAAAGUCAAAAGGGGAUCACUGCCAGAUCUUCAGUGCGGACGGAAAGGUUGCCUAUCAGUAUGCCCCCGAGCUGAAUACCCCAUCGAGUGGGGAGACCAGUAUGACAAUCAAGGACGGCUCUACCAAAAAGUUGUUCACAUUGGUCUCGAACCAUGAUAUCUGUGCCUACCGCAAGGAAACCUUCACCCAGAGAGAAGGUCCACCUCAGAAAGACAACUUACCUCAGCGAGAAUUCCAGUUUGAUCCGGAAUUCUUCUCCGCCGAUGUCUGGCGUUUUAACUUCAUCGACAACUCUGGUUUGCGGCAACAUUUUAGGCUUAAAUUAGGCAUUACCGAUGAAGGCGGCAAAAUUCAUAGGGUCGUCUCCGGUAAACAUGAUGAGCUUGUAGGAAAGAUCAAAAAUCAAAAGCGAAAUGAUAGCUGGCUGAACGAUCCAAAAGGGGUCGACACUGUUACUCUUUCUUGUGUUGAUGGUGCUCCAGUGGAUGAAUUGGUCACCUUGCUAAGCUUGGUCUUUUACAAAUCCCACCAUUGUCCAAUUUGAACCAGACAAAAUUUCCUACUUCUUUCAUCUACAUACAAUUUAAACUUGUUGCCAUUACCGUUAUACUUGAGCUACCACAUGAUGUUGUAUGAUUGUUUUUUUUUCCUUCUUUUGUUCACCUACAUUGUACAACUUGGUUGUGUUUCACUUCACCUCCUUCAUCUGGAUGCAAACUCAGAAAAGCAAUUUACAUGUUCAAGUUGAUA